AUGUCAAGUCAUAUAUCAGAUAGUAGUAUAUCGAUAUUAAAAGAAUUAAUUUUUCAUGAAACUCUUCUCAAUGAAAUAAAUCAAUUUUUUAAAGAAUUAUCAAUGAAUGGUAAAUAUUUACAAGAUCCUCAAAUAAAAAGUAUUGAUAAUUUAUUACGAACAAUUCAACGUCUUGAACGAAUUAAUUUUGAUGAUAAAAAAUAUUAUUUAUUUGAUAAUAUCGUUAAAUGUAUUUGUUCAUCAUUAUUUAUUGAAAUAUUUCUUCAAUCUUUAAAUCAAGAAAAUGAUGAUGUUAGACAAAGAUUUUUAUUAAAUACAUGUACAGAUUAUAUUUAUUCUCAUUCAACUGAUAAACAACAUAAACAAUGUUUAAUCGAUAUUCGUCAAUCACUUCUUCGUCCAUUUACUGAAUGA